AUGUUGCUUCUCCCACAGCAUGAAUUUGGUCCUUGCACACCCCAGUUUAUAUGCAGUAAAGAGCACAACAUUUUCCCCCUCCUUGCUAGAAUGAGCGACUCCUCGACAAGCUUCUAAGUUUCAUCCUUGGACCAACUUUCCAAUCCAUCAUCAUCUAAUUUUCCGGUAGAACUCGAGUUCAAUUAAAGGUGCGGAAUGUGCCUCGCGUGCUUAAGCAUGGACUUGUUGCCCAAGCAAGUUUGAAGACAUACAUCACCAAGCACCACAAUUUUUGCAACGUCUUGAUGAUACAUCUAUGAUGACACAAAGAAAUCAACACAUGGGAUAUGUCAAAAAGCUUGAUUACAUCGUCACAGAUUCGUGUUGGAUCUCUCGCAUUUCCUCUGGUAGGCUUCUGACGAUCGAGGUCCUUUUUCUAGAUUGUGGGAUGUUGAUGCUGCUUCUGGUGUACUUGAAUUCUAUCCUUUGCGCGAAAAGAAUUCAUCUAACUCAUUUGGCCUUUGUUGAUGAUUUGCUCUUCUUUUUAAAUGGCGACAAGCAAUCUUUGGAGGCUGUGCUCUGUGUCUUUGAUAGAUUUCGAACUCUAUCUGGACCUAAACUCAGUCCAUCUAAAACUGUUCUAUUUGCAGCUGGUAUCCCUGAUGAUUUGCAGCAAGAGUUACUGGAUUUAUCUGAUUUGAAGGAAGGCGAUCUUCCUCUUAAAAACUCGGCUGUUCCCCUUGUUUUGGGGGAGCUUUCAGUUGUGGAUUGUAAGCCUUUGCUUGAUAAACUUUCUAGUAAGUUCAACGCUUGGACUGCCAGCAAAUUAUUCCAUGUUGCUGGACUUCAACUUAUCAGUACUGUCAUCCAAAGCAUUGUAAAUCAUUGGGUGGCCUGGAUGAAAACUUACAAGUUUAAAAAACAGAUCCUUUUGGACUCUGAGAACUCCUGCAGAUGCUUCCUUUAUCAGCAUGGUUUGUUUCUUGUUUUCCAAAUCAGAGUUAUCUGGUGAAGCCUUUUCCAAAGAUUUUACAGUGUAAAGUUACUCAGUUCCGAGAUGAUAUUUGUUUGCAAGUAUUUGGGAGUACUGGUUCUUGUGAAAUGCUCUUACUGAUGAGUCCAAGAUGGAUUAUGCUGAUUCUUAAAUUUUUUUCCUGGUUCGGUAUGGCAACCACUGCAAAGACUAAUGAAACAAUGAAAUAUGCCUGUGAUGGCUGUGCUGUGAUCAUUAGAGUUGGUUGUAAUUUCCUCUUUUUUCUCCAUUAUCUGAACCAUAUACCAACUUUGUAGCUAAUGUCCAGUUGGAUUUUUUCUGUUGUAAUCGUUUAAGUAGGUUGUAAUUUCCUCUUCUUUACUGUUUUUUGAACCAUAUGCCAACUUGUCCAGUUGGUUUUUUCUAAUAUAAUCAUCCGAGUUCUGAAAGAACAAAGGUUUUUAGACCUUAUUUGAAAAAUAUAAUUGGUGA